CCAGAGUUUAAAAGUUUAAAAACUUCGAUUUUCCCACUAAAUUGCAGAGAAUCAAAAGCAGCAAUGGCGGCAAAAAACAAGGCGUUUUGGGUUUUAUUUCUCUUUAUCUCAGAAUUCUUAUUAGGAAUUGCAGUAGCAUCAAAUGAUUCCAAGGUAGGAGCGGUGAUUGGAAUCGACCUGGGCACAACGUAUUCAUGUGUGGGAGUUUACAAGAAUGGUCACGUUGAGAUUAUAGCCAAUGAUCAAGGGAAUAGAAUCACCCCCUCAUGGGUUGCAUUCACUGAUUCAGAGCGUUUGAUUGGAGAGGCCGCCAAGAAUCAAGCGGCUCUCAAUGCAGAACGCACCAUCUUUGAUGUUAAACGUCUCAUUGGAAGAAAAUUCAACGACCCAGAGGUUCAAAGAGAUGUAAAGUUCUUGCCUUACAAGGUGGUCAAUAAAGAUGGGAAGCCAUAUAUUCAAGUCAAGGUUAAAGGUGAGACUAAAGUUUUCAGCGCGGAGGAAAUCAGUGCUAUGGUUUUGACAAAAAUGAAGGAAACAGCUGAAGCUUACUUGGGAAAGAAGAUUAAGGAUGCUGUUAUUACUGUUCCUGCAUAUUUCAACGAUGCACAAAGGCAGGCUACUAAAGAUGCGGGCACCAUUGCGGGGCUAAAUGUGGCUCGGAUCAUCAAUGAGCCUACUGCGGCAGCCAUUGCGUAUGGAUUGGACAAGAAAGGAGGAGAGAAGAACAUUUUGGUUUAUGAUCUUGGCGGUGGUACAUUUGAUGUUAGUAUUUUAACUAUCGAUAAUGGAGUUUUUGAAGUUCUUUCAACAAGUGGAGACACCCAUUUGGGAGGGGAAGAUUUUGAUCAUAGAGUAAUGGAUUAUUUCAUCAAGUUGAUCAAGAAGAAAUAUAACAAAGAUAUCAGCAAGGAUAACAAGGCUUUAGGGAAGCUUCGUCGGGAAUGUGAAAGAGCAAAGAGAGCAUUGAGCAGUCAACAUCAAGUUAGAGUUGAGGUUGAGUCAUUGUUUGAUGGGGUUGAUUUUUCUGAGCCACUAACAAGGGCAAGAUUCGAGGAGUUGAACAUGGACUUGUUUAAGAAAACUCUAGGACCGGUGAAGAAGGCUUUGGAGGAUGCAAAUUUGAAGAAGUUUGAUAUUAAUGAAAUUGUGCUUGUUGGAGGCAGCACUCGAAUUCCGAAAGUUCAACAAUUGUUGAAGGACUUAUUUGAUGGCAAAGAGCCCAACAAGGGUAUCAAUCCCGACGAGGCGAUAGCCUACGGUGCUGCAGUUCAGGGUGGAAUUUUAAGCGGUGAAGGCGGCGAAGAAACCAAGGACAUUCUUCUUCUUGAUGUUGCUCCCUUGAGCCUCGGCGUUGAAACAGUAGGUGGUGUGAUGACUAAGUUGAUCCCAAGGAACACUGUUAUCCCAACUAAGAAAUCUCAGGUUUUCACCACAUAUGAAGACCAGCAAUCCACAGUUUCCAUCAAGGUUUAUGAAGGAGAAAGAAGCUUGACAAAAGAUUGUCGAGAACUCGGAAGGUUUGAUCUAACUGGUAUUCCACCUGCUCCAAGGGGGGUUCCCCAAAUAGAAGUGACCUUUGAGGUUGAUGCCAAUGGCAUCCUCCAUGUGACAGCGGAGGACAAAGCAGCAAAGAAAGCGCAAUCGAUCACCAUAACCAACGACAAGGGGCGUCUCAGCCAGGAAGAGAUCGAAAGGAUGGUGAAGGAAGCGGAGGAAUUCGCGGAAGAGGACAAGAAAGUGAGGGAAAAGAUAGAUUCCAGGAACAAGCUUGAGACAUACAUAUACAACAUGAGGAGUAGCAUUGAUGACAAGGACAAGCUUGCAGACAAGAUUGAUUCUGAUGAGAAAGAGAAGAUUGAGAACACCUUGAGAGAAGCACUUGAAUGGUUAGAUGAUAAUCAAAAUGGAGAGAAGGAAGAUUUCGAUGAGAAGCUUAAGGAAGUGGAGGCAGUUUGUAAUCCAAUCAUAAAACAAGUUUACGGAAAAAGUGGUGGAAGUUCAGCAAAUGAUGAUGAACCCACUGAUGAGUUGUGAAAUUAGGAUUUGCAUCGAUUUCUUUCACUUUCUUGCGCUUUACAAUAUGUAGUCAUGAAGUGAAACUCUUAUAUAUAACUUUCCAUAUAUUCUUUAUCAAGAUUCAGAUAUGCUUUUCCAAUA